AUGACACGAGAGCAGUAUAUAUUAGCAACACAACAGAACAGCCUUCCAAGGACUGAACAUCCUCAGUUUUACCCAGUAGGGAUUUAUGGAUGGCGAAAGAGGUGCUUAUACUUCUUUGUCCUUCUGCUGUUGGUUACCAUGAUUGUUAAUUUAGCAAUGACAAUAUGGAUUUUGAAGGUUAUGAAUUUCACAGUGGAUGGAAUGGGAAAUUUGAGAGUCACUAAAAAAGGAAUACGACUUGAAGGAAUAUCUGAAUUUCUACUUCCACUAUAUGUGAGAGAAAUCCAUUCUCGAAAGGAUAGUCCACUGGUCUUACAGUCUGACAGAAAUGUAACAGUGAAUGCAAGAAAUCACAUGGGACAGUUAACUGGACAACUGACAGUAGGAGCUGAUGCUGUGGAAGCUCAGUGUAAGAGAUUUGAAGUGAGGGCAAGUGACAGUGGAAAAGUAUUGUUUUCUGCAGACGAAGAUGAGAUUGUCAUUGGAGCUGACAGACUGAAAGUAACAGGCACGGAAGGGGCAGUGUUUGGGCACUCUGUGGAGACACCCCAUAUCAGAGCAGAACCUUCCCAAGACCUCAAACUUGAAUCUCCUACUAGAUCUUUGGUGAUGGAAGCACCCAGGGGAGUGCAAGUCAACGCAGCUGCAGGAGACUUAAAGGCUACCUGUAGGAAAGAACUGCACUUACAGUCCACAGAAGGGGAGAUAUUUUUAAACGCAGAUACAAUCCGCCUGGGAAAUCUACCAGUGGGGUCCUUUUCGUCCUCCUCCUCCUUCUCCUCCUCCUCCUCACCCAGCUCUUCAGCUCCUCGCCAGACUAUCUAUGAGCUCUGCGCUUGUCCCAAUGGUAAACUUUACCUGUCCCCAGCAGGAGCAGGCUCCACAUGUCAAUCCAGUAGCAACAUCUGCUUGUGGAGCUAGAAUGACUCCAUUUUAUCCUCACACCAGAAUAGCCUUUUGUUACUAUCCCUCUGCUUCACAGUUCAGUUCGGUUUCCCUUGUGACAAGUCCGAUGCUCCAAAGGGCCUGCAGAGCAACUUCUUCCACUGUAAGCAGGAGUACG